AGAGUUUAUAAGAAGAACAGUGGGAAUGGUUCGAUAUGCCUCUACCUGGGAAAGAGAGACUUUGUAGACCAUGUGGACAGUGUUGAUGUUGUUGAUGGUGUGCUUAAAGUGGACCCUUCAGAGCUUGAUGGAAGGAAAGUAUGGGUGCAGCUGGUCUGCGCCUUCCGCUAUGGGCGGGAUGAUUUGGAUGUGAUUGGACUGUCCUUCAGGAAAGAUAUCUGGAUACAGCACAUUCAGAUUUAUCCUCCAACGGCUGGAGAAAAGCCAGCUAACACACAUAUGCAGGAUGCCCUCAUGAAGAAAGCUGGUGAAGAAGGACACCCCUUCACUUUUAUCAUCCCUACAAAUUUGCCAUGUUCUGUAACUCUUCAGCCGGCACCAGGUGACACAGGCAAGCCUUGCGGUGUUGACUUUGAACUGAAAGCCUAUAUUGCUAAUGAGGCAGACAAUCCAGACGAGAAAGUUUCUAAGAAGGACACUUGCCGUUUGGUCAUUCGUAAGAUCCAGUUUGCGCCAGACAAGCUGGAGGCUGGGCCCAAGGCCAGCAUCUUCAAGCAAUUCAUUAUGUCAGACAAAGCAAUUCACCUGGAAACCUCGAUAGAGAAGGAGGUCUACUAUCACGGAGAUCCAAUCCCUGUCAAAGUGAAAAUAAACAACGAGACUAAUAAAGUGGUAAAGAAAAUCAGAAUUUCCAUUGACCAGACAACAGAUGUUGUGCUCUAUUCAGCUGACAAAUACACCAAAGUUGUUCUCUGUGAAGAAUUUGGGGACCAAGUGAACAGCAACUCCACAUUUGAGAAAGAAUACAAAGUCACUCCUCUGUUGGCCAACAACAAAGAAAAACGUGGUCUGGCAUUGGAUGGCAAGCUAAAAGAUGAAGACACCAAUCUUGCAUCUUCUACAAUUCUGCGAUCUGGCAUGGACAAAGAAGUACAGGGCAUUCUGGUCUCCUACAAAAUUAAAGCUAGCCUCAUGGUGGCCAGUGGUGGUCUCUUGGGGAACCUUACAUCCAGUGACGUCAAUGCAGAGAUACCUCUGAUCUUGAUGUCACCAAAGCCAGCAGAUGUCACGGACAUCAAACUCGAAUAGAUCCCCUGGCAGAUAGUAGGGAGGAACACCAAAGGCAGAGAACAGGAACAUGAAUAUGCAAAGCCAGACACAGCUUGGACACCUUCGUGUUAAAUAGCACACCUGAACCUGUGUGGGACCCAAGCAUGCACUAAUGGGAUCUGCAAACUACUCAGCUAAACCUCAGGCCUGUUAAACCACAAUGUCACUAAAUUUGACUUUACUUCUGCCUUUAUCAUGU